AUUCGGUGAUCGUUUGCGUGUGGUAUUUUCGUCAAUUUGAGGAUCGUCGCGACCGUCGGGUUGUGUGGCACAGGUGGUUUUGGAAGCUGGAGGGAGAGGGAAGCGCGCGGAACAAAGGGUCCAGAGAAAACAGUUUGGACUAUGGCCCGCGAGCCGCUAAUAUGUCGUCUUUUGAUUCGGUGAUACUGACGGUGAAGAAAUAUACUCCGUGAGGGCGGUUACUUCCCCCGCAGAGGAAGCGUCUGCCUUGAGCACUGCACAGGAUAUUAAUUUCUCAGUGCUGGUGUCGAUACGUUUGGAUUUUAGUGUUUAUUGGUCAAGGUUUCUGGAUAUCCACAGGCCGCCACGCAGUUCGUAUCAAAAAGCAAUAAAAAAGAUAUUAAGUGCUAUUUUGAAAUCUAUGCGACGAAGGAUAUAAUCAACAAAGUGUGUGAGGGAUGGAACCGUUAGAGUUGGUACCUGGGCGGUACAUAGGGGAAGGCCAGCCGUGUUUCAUCAUUGCCGAAAUUGGCCAAAACCACCAGGGAGAUGUCCAGUUGGCCAAGACGCUGAUAAGGAGAGCAAAGGAAUGCGGCGCGGACUGCGUGAAGCUACAGAAGUCGUCCCUUGGGGACAAGUUCAACACGAAGGCCCUGAACAGACCCUACGACUCGGACCACGCUUGGGCGGACACCUACGGCAGCCACAAGGAGCACCUCGAGUUCACCCGGGACCAGUUCGUCGAACUUCAGAACUUCGCUCGGGACCUCGAUAUCCCUCUCACUGCCUCCGCCAUGGACAUUCCGUCGGUAUUACUUCUGACCGAUCUGGAAGUGCCUUUUUUAAAAGUGGGAUCUGGGGACGUUCACAACAUGCCUCUCCUGCGGGUGGCUGCGGCAACGGGGAAGCCUCUCGUCAUAUCCACAGGGAUGUCGGACAUCGCCUGGAUUUCCAAGGUCUACGAGGAGCUGAGCGCCGCCACGGAUCCGCCAACGCCCCUGGUGAUCCUGCAGUGCACAUCCGCGUAUCCCACACCCCCAGAACACGUCAACUUGAGGGUCCUGGACACCUACGCCCAAGUAUUCUCGCACGCCCACAUAGGGUACUCGGGUCACGAACUGGGCAUACACAUUACGGUAGCUGCCGUUGCUCGUGGUGCUAGGGUGGUGGAACGCCACUUGACCCUCAACAAGAGCUGGAAGGGCAGCGACCACUCGUGUUCCCUGGAACCCCACGACCUCCGGGAGUUGGUCAAGGCCAUCAGAUGUGUGGAGGCUGCCCUGGGAAGCCCUCUCAAGGCCUUCCAGCCCUCUGAGGAGUCCUGUUACGCGAAGCUGGGCAAGACGAUAGUGGCCGCGCGUCCCAUCAAAGCAGGCGUGAUGCUGACGGAGGAAGACCUCGUGGCCAAAGUGGCUCACCCCAGGGGCGUCUCCGCCCAGAGGCUGGACGACCUCGUUGGGGGCUACUUGAACAGGGACGUGGGCGAGGACGAGAGCAUCAUGGAGGCGGACAUAUUGUGAAAACGCCCCUUGUGAAGAUGCCUUCGCUUGAAGCUGCGCGCUUCUUUGUGGCCGGAGCUGAGGUCGACUCAAGAGGAAGAGGAGGGAGAAAGCGGAAGGGUGAGAGUGCUACGGAGGAGGUCGAGUGUUGUGGUGAUUGUGGAGGAGGAGGAGGAGG